CAUUGACAAACAGUGAACACCAAGUACGUCUGGUGACCUUGAAACUUUGGUCGAAGGAGGUUUCUCUGCUGAGCAGCAGCUGCCUUGCAACGCCAAUGGUGAGAUUUUGAAUCCUGAUGGCCUGAAGGUUGAGAUCGAGCUUUGGCGCGGGUUGAAGACAGGAUGUGGGCCGAGGACGAUUUGGAGGAGGUCGGGGGCCGCUGGGGUGCCAAUGAGAGGAGCACUUCUGUACGGGCGCGGCCGCAGGAGUCGGCAGUCAGCGAGAAAGCCCGCCAGCAAUUGGGCAGUCGGGGCGCUGGCAAUGGGGAGAAGGGGACCCAUCAGGCGGAGAGAAGCCCCAGGGACAACGGAGGUAGAGCAGCACGCAGGGAUGGAAGCAGAUACGAUUACAGGGUUGACGAUGACCACAAGUAUGGAGGUGGCAGGCGAGGGCAGGGCAGCCCUGGCAGUGACAGGAGGGGCUCGCGGGGGGACAUGCCGCGUGACUGGAUCCCUGACCGGUUCAAUCGGAGUGAGCAGGGCGGGAGGCCCAGGGAGGAUGGGCUAGAAGCAAGGGAGGCAUGGGGUGGCGGCCGUGGACAUGAUGGCCCGGUGCGCGGGGGCGGGCGCGGGCGCGGUCGGCGGGACGACUCCGGGACGGAUGAUUUGCCGGUGCUGUACUCCAUCCACCGGGCGAGCGUGCAGUCGGUGCGGCCCUUUGGGCUGUUUGUCAAGCUGGAGGGCUACCGCAGGAACGGGCUGGUGCAUGUGACGCAGGUGUCGGACCACGAGGUGACGCGCAAGGACGACGCGGAGGACGCCAAGGUGGACGCACUGCGCGGGGUGGCCACCGAGGGGGACCACGUCUGGGUCAAGGUGAUCUCGCUGAAGGAGGGCGAGGGCGGCGGCGGCCCCAAGGUGGGCUGCUCUCUCAAGCUGGUGUCGCAAGCGGACGGGCGCGACCUGGACGCCAACAAUCUCAUCCUGGACAAGCACGAGAGGAAGCCCGCCUGGCAGCAGCCACAAAAGCUGGAGCUGGGGGCGGUGCUGGCCGUGACGUGCACGCGGUGCGGGGGCCGCGGCCAUCUCAAGACCGACUGCUACGCCGCACUUGACACGCACUACGACCUACUGCCAGAAGAGGACGAGGCCGCUCUACCCACUGCCAGGCCAGGCGUUGGGGCGGCCGCUGCGGCAAGCAGGGGGCAGGGAUCGGGGGCUAACGACGUUCCGCUGGGCCGGGGCCGGGGCAUAACCCAGCCAGCCUGGAUGACACAAAGCAGGCCGGAGGGCGGCCCCGUCAUCGGACAGCCAGUGAGAGAAGAUCGAGGAGCGGCAGCCGUUUUACCCGCUCAUAUUGGCACUGUCGAGGAAGCUCUGGCGGUGAUUGAAAAGUUGAAAAAGGAAAAGAAAGAGCGGAAAGCGGAGCGCAAAGAGCGGCAGAAAGCAAAAGAAAAGAGGAGGCGAAAACGAAGGAAAGGGGGCAGCAGCAAUGAGAGCGAGAGCGAGAGCGAAAGCGAGAGUGAACGGAGGAGGAGGAAGAGGAGAAGGAAAGAAAGAAGAGAACGCAAAAGGAAGCAACAAGAGGGGUCUGAGAGUGCUAGUGACAGCGGCAGCGGUGAGUCCUGUGGAAAGAACGAGCGAGGACAGAAGCAUGAAGGCAGGGGCCGGAGUCGCAAGAAAAGCAUGGAUGGCUGAUUAACUAAACCGACGAUGCGAGUCGACUCGCAUGCAGCGAGCGUCACGAUCAUUCGAAAAGCCGUGUUUACGUGGGCCAAGGGCCGUGAGGGGCCGUAUGUUCGCAUAUACAUAAGCAACUAGUGGGACGAUCCAUCCCAAGCCUGGUCUCCGAAGCCGAUGUCGUAUACCUUCCAUUGAUGCUAGAUC